CAGUGACCAGAUCCACAGGACUUCUUAAAGCUAAUACAGACUGCAAAUCUGAUAAAUACCAAAGCCUUUUUACCGCACUUUCAUUAUAUCUCAGUAAAGAUUACAUCAGUUAAGCAAACCAGCGUGUCUUUCCUUGAGAUUCGGUAUAAACUUGAUGUGAAGCUGUGUCCACGAGACAGCGGAGACAUUAUAGUAAAAAGGCUUUUAAAACGUUAUCAGAAGCAGUUAAUCAGCUUUGAAUCGUCCGCAGCAGUAAAAAAGACUCAUAAAUCCUGUGCCCUGCAGUCUGUGUCGGAGUAAGGGCGCGAAGCACUAGAAAGUGAAACUAAUUCUCUCACGUGCUAUAACACCGCUGUGCUGUGUCCAGUCAUCAUCAUUAUCUACGCUGCCAGCUAAAUCAAGAUGCAGAACCCAGAGAACAGCACUCUGACAGUUAACCCUCAAUGCUCCUAUAAAGAGGAAGACACCUUGCCAAGAAGUAGAUCUAGGUGCACAACAUUGUCUAGAGCAUCCAGUCAAACAAAUCUAACUUCGGUUAGCGCCGAUGCAUCAAGAUUUAAACGCCAUAGUUCUAGACACUCAAGCACCACCAGCCUGUCAUCCGCUAGCGCCAUAGCAACUAAGGCAAGAGCAAAAGCAGAGGCAGCUUGUGCAAUGGCUUCCUAUGCAAAGCAGGAAGCUGAAUUGAUGAAAGAACAAACAAAAAGUGAAUCUGAAGCACUUAGAAGAGAAGCUGAAUUGAUGAAAGAACAAGCAAAAAGUGAAUCUGAAGCACUUAGAAGAAAAGCUGAAGCACUUAGAAGAAAAGCUGAAGUGCAAGCAUCUUUACACUUACUGCAACAGCAGAAAAACGCUGCAGCAGCCUUAGCCGAGGCAGAAGUUCUCACAAGGGCUGCUGAAGCUCAGUUCGCUGACAUAGAAACCCAGAUGUCACCCCUCAGCGCAAGCCAACGUACCCGUGAGUACAUACAGUCACAAGCAACCAUGUACACUGACCAGCAGUUCAAUGACACACCAAGGCCAUCAUUGACUCCACCAGCAAUAAGCAACUUUGAUACUAUGCAACACUGCAAGACUGAAUCAGAACCUCAGGGUAGGAAGUCAAGUGGUCGCAUGCUCAGAGACCAAUCUGCCAACCUGACAAGAGUGCAAACGGAUGCUGAUGUACUCCCUCCUCAAGCAAAUACAAGUCUGGAUUAUAGCAGAAAGACUUACAAUAGAGGAGAACAAAGCAGACUUAGUCAAGUACCUCAUCAGCCUUACCAGCCGCAGCCAUACCCUGAGUUUACACCCAGGAAGUAUUCACCAGAUGCAGCAAGAGCUACAGAGGUAGCAAGAUUCCUGAUGCGCCGUGAGAUAGUGAGCGCUGGUCUCAUGAAAUUCGACGACCGUCCAGAAAACUACUUGGCCUGGAAGUCAUCUUUCCUAAGCGGUACCCAAGACUUAGAUCUGACAGACAGAGAAAAGCUUGAUCUGCUCGUCAAAUGGCUAGGACCAGAGUCCACUGAGCAAGCCCAAAGAAUCAGAUCAGUACAUGUUCAUGACGCAGCAGCAGGACUUGCAAUGGUGUGGAGGAGACUAGAACACUGCUAUGGGUCACCUGAAGUGAUUGAAGAUGCUCUUCUGAAGAGGAUAGAAAACUAUCCAAGAAUGACAAAGAAAGACAAUCAAAAGCUGAGAGGGUUUGGGGACCUACUCUUAGAAAUAGAAGCCGCUAAGUCUAGUGGAUAUCUGCCAGGUCUCUCAUACUUAGAUACAGCACGUGGAGUUGAUCCCAUAAUCGAGAAACUUCCUUUCAACUUGCAGGAAAGGUGGGUCACUCAAGCAUCAAGAUACAAGAAAGAACAUUGA